UGGCGUGUGAGGGACAAACACACUGCAGGCGCAUAGAACUAAUAAAUGGGAACCGGUCACAGGGCAAUUUUUUCCGGCAAGAACGCGGUGUGCAAUUAAACACACGUGAAAGGGGGGAGAGCGAUUGUGAAAGUUACUCUGCUCCAUAUCCCGUCUUUGGAAUACAGCUGCUGUCUUCUGCUUCCACAGAACGGACGUGCAUCUUUGCAGGGGGAGUGCCGCAGCAUAUGCGGAAGCCAACAUCUGAAGGCUGGAUUAUAUCUCCAGGAUGAAGCCACAUCGUACGUCUGGAGGUCAAUUACCCAAACUGACGGUCAUAUUACUCUUCCUUCCCUGUAUCGUCGUUGCGAUGGAAACCAAGGCUCCCCACAUCAUUUUUAUCUUAGCAGACGACCUUGGAUGGAACGAUGUGAGCUUCACCGGUUCCCCUCAAAUUCCAACGGGUAACAUCGAUGCACUGGCGUGGAACGGCCUUCGACUGGAGCAGUAUUACACGCAGCCUGUCUGCACACCAUCAAGAGCAGCCUUGAUGACGGGGAGUUACCCCAUACGCGCAGGGCUGCAGCACCAUGUCAUAUGGAACGAGGAGCCGAGAGGGUUAAGCCUGGACCGAAAGCUCCUGCCCCAAAGGUUAGGAGAAAUGGGGUACGCAAACCACAUGUUGGGCAAGUGGCACCUAGGAUUUCACGAAGAAAAGUACACACCGACAGAACGAGGUUUUCAUCAUCACUUUGGGUACUGGGGUGGCUACGUUGACUACUACAAUCACACCAAAGAGUUCUUGGGAUCUCCACCCGGUAGCCUUGGCCUGGACCUUCGAAGAGACCUGGUGCCACAACGGAAUUAUUCGCGAACAUAUCUUACGGACUUACUUACGGAUGAAGCCAUCAGAAUAAUACAAGAUCAUCCCGGAGACAAGCCUUUGUUCCUGUACUUGGCUCAUCAAGCUCCACAUUCUGCCGAUGCGCACGAGCGUCUGCAGGCUCCUGAUAAGUAUACAGAGGGAUUUCAAGAUAUUGAAGACGAGAAAAGGAUACUAUAUGCUGGUAUGGUAAAGGCUAUGGACGAGUCUGUAGGUGCUGUGUUCCAAGCACUAGCGCAAAAGGGAAUGCUUGACAACUCAGUAGUUGUGUUUAGCUCGGAUAACGGAGCAGAAUCGGAAGGUCCCAAUGCCAACUACGGUUCUCCGUGGCCUCUGAAGGGCAUGAAGGGGACCCCUUGGGAAGGAGGGAUCCGCAGUCCCGCUGUCAUUUGGAGCCCUCUCCUGAACGUACCGGUUAGGGCCACAUACGACGGCCUGUUUCAUAUCACAGAUUGGUUGCCGACGUUCUACGAUCUUGCAGGAGGAGACACUGACAAUCUUGGUGACAUCGAUGGCGUCAGUCAAUGGAACGCCCUCCGAGAAGUUGAUCAGCCUCCUCGCUCAGAAUUCCUCGUAAAUGUGGACCAGACCGAAAACUAUGCCGCCAUUCGAAUGGCAAAUUACAAGCUCGUAAAGGGCGUCGCACGGGAAGGAAAACUUGAUCAGUGGUAUCCUCCUCGUGGUAAAGUCGUCUGGAAUACGACGAUAUCCAGGAAGGCAUGCGAGUCUUCCACCGUUACGGAAGUUCUCAGCAUGAUGGGGAGACAUCCCGUGUGUGGGCAGACGGACUGUCUCUAUGCCAUGCAAGUUCAAUGCGGAGUCAAAAACCCCGAAAGGAUAUGUGACGCCGCCAAAAGUCCAUGUCUGUUUGAUCUGUCCAAGGAUCCUUGUGAGUACGUUGAUGUCGCGGACGAACAUCCAGAGGUGGUAAAGACGAUGCUAGAAAGACUGGCCCACUACGAGUUGGAGGCACGGCCACCGGGAAACCUCCCGCUUGAUCCCCUGUCCAACCCGGAUCUGCAUGACGGCGUUUGGACAAGCUGGAAUGAUCGCACCAGUGGUGACGGUGGCGAUUCUGAGCGUGCGCAGUCAUCAAUGCAAUCGCCGGGUGCACGACCGGAGCCCGCAUCAUCUGCAUCCUAUCUCUCUGCAGCCUGGACAUUACACGGAAUACUUUGCUUUCAGUUCUUUGUAGUGGCGUUUUUUUUUUUUUUCGCGCAUGUGCCACAUAACAAUCUGAUUUACAGAAAGCCCUGCCACGAAUAGCAUAAGAUGUGCAUAAUUCGUAGUUUUCGGACGUUCCAAGCAAGACGUCGGACGCUUAUGCUAGCCCUUGUGAACGACUUGUGCCUUAGAAAGGCAACGUCAACGACAUUGCACUCAUUUGGUUGUCGUAUAUACCUAGAAUGAUGGUGCGACAUUUAUAGAAUAAAAGUAACAGUUGCAGCGACUAAACAGCAAUUAAACAGAAGGCCUACCGACAGUAUGCCUAAUCACAACCAUCCUCUCAUGUUUCUUCGUUCUGACGGCAGGUACAGCUGAACUUGUUGUUCCCACUUUUAUUAGCAAUUACUGAAUACUAACAAACGUUAAGAAACUGGACUAGAUGAGUUCUAGUAAUAAAAUUACAGCGUGCGGUUUCCUAAU